AUGUCGGAUUCUCUAUCACCGCUCUCGUUCCUUUCGGACAAUGCUGUCGCUGCAGCUGUCAAGGAUGCGUACAGUUCAUUCUCCGACCGAAGGGCAGCUCUCGGCCUACCCAACCCCGGAACCGUGGACAACAUUGCCAGGGAAGUGCAGAAGGAUGUGCUGCUGUCCAACUUCAUGUUCACAGGCUUGCGAGCGGACCUGACAAAGGUCUUCGGCAUGUCUCCUCUGUUCCGCGUGUCCCAUGCAUUCUCCAUGGGCUCGGCCGGAAAUUUGCCUCCAUAUGCUUUCUCGGCCAUGUAUGGAACUCCCAAGGUGUUCAUGCAAGGAAAUCUUGGAAGCGAUGGCGCACUUGCUGCUGUCGGCAACUACCGCUGGAACAGCUCGUUGGUGACCAAGACGAACACUCAGAUUAUGGCAGGAGCUAGCCAAGGCUUGCUACAGAUUGACAAUGACUAUACCGGCUCCGAUUUCUCUGCCUCUCUCAAGGCGUUCAACCCAUCCUUCCUCGAGGGUGGUCUUACUGGUAUCUUUGUCGGUAGCUACCUCCAGUCCGUCACUCCCAGCCUGGCCCUCGGUUUCGAAGCGAUCUGGCAGCGCCAGGGCCUCACCACUCGCCCCGAGACCGCUCUAUCCUACUGCGCCAAGUACCGUGGAGAGGAUUGGAUUGCCAGCGCCCAGCUCCAGGCCCAGGGUAUCUUGGCUACGUCUUACUGGAAGAAGAUCUCUGAACGUGUCGAGGCUGGUGUUGAUAUGAACCUUCAAUUCGCUCCCAACGCAGCCGCUGCCAUGAUGGGUGGCCCCAGCCGUGACGGAACGACCUCGAUCGGUGCCAAGUAUGACUUCCGUGCCUCUACCUUCCGUGCCCAGGUCGACAGUGCUGGCAAGGUCAGCUGUCUCCUUGAGAAGCGGAUAGCGAUGCCCAUUUCCCUCACGUUCGCUGGUGAGAUUGAUCAGGCCAAGCAAACUGCCAAACUCGGUCUUGCCGUGUCCUUGGAGAUUGCCGGCGAGGAGCUGAUGGAGCAGCAGGAGAAGGCUGAAUCCCAAGGCAUGGUUCCUCCUCCUUUCUAG